GAGAACGGUGUGUGUCAACUUAGGAAUCACAAUGGCGGAGGCAGAAGAAAAAAACGACACUGCAAGCCAUCAAAAGGGAAAACCUGUCAAGGGGGUUUUGUCUCCGAAAUUCAGUGCUGGACCUCAUGGACUAGGUGAUCCAGACGAUAAGAGUCUUCGGAAGUUAGAGAAGCAGGUGGUGAUUCCCCAGAAAGUACGUGAUAAAGCAAGAACUGAGAAAUGCGUGGAGGAAGUCAAAGCUCUGACUGAAUGUGGCAAAGCGGCUGGCCUUCUAAUUUGGCUUGACUGCAGAGACGCCAACCAACGCUUAUGGGAUUGUGCUGCGAAAUGGUUCUUCGAUAAAGAUUUCGUGAAUCAAGUUACGGAAGAGUACCUCCAGGAGAGAAGUGAGUACAGAAGGACUGGUGUGGGUGCUAAGUAUCAACAGCGAAAGCACACAACAAGCUUUUAAUUUUAUUGUGAAUAAUCAUAACGCUUCAGAGGUAAUUAAAGCAACAGUUGAAAUGUUAGAAUUUAUUUAAUUUAUGUACAGAUCUAUCUCUCGCAAUUAGAGAUACAAAAUACAAUAAAAUUACUUUGGAAAUGUUUAUAAA